UCAUGACGCCAGUGCGAAUGCGGAAGUAAAAUACCCGAUUUUCCCACAUGGUGGAAAAAUGGCUGCGAAUGGAGAAAAACAACAGGGCCACAGACCCGGCAUAUAUAAACAGAAGAAUAAAGGUCACAAACAUGGCAAGCACCGGACAAAAGGAGAAAUUGAGAGAGAAAACAAAGGCAGAGUGUCAGUGACAACCCUUACUAAAAAACAGAGGAAGGAGCAAAAGAAGAUGGACAGAAGGAACAAAGCCAACCAGCUCCGCAGGAAUAAGAAAGACAUGGUACUGACAGAAAAGCGUCGUCUAGGCAGCAGGGACGGUCCCCCUCAUUUGGUCGCUGUGAUCUCCCUCCAUGCUGGAGUCGACGCUGGUGCUGUUACCAAACUGCUUCGCGGAGAGGGUGCUGGGGGCAUUGUGCAUCAGGAGCGGUGCGUCAGUGGCGUCAGUGACAGCUUUGGGCUGAUUCUGCCCCGUUUUAAACAAAGGUUCACAUUUCUAAGCCACAGCACGGAUGACAUGCACUCCCUGCUGGAUGUGGCAAAGAUUGCAGAUAGCCUUUUAUUUGUGCUGGACUCUACUGAAGGCUGGGACAACUAUGGAGACUACUGUCUCUCCUGCCUCUUUGCUCAAGGCCUCCCCAGCCAUGCACUGGUGUGUCAGGGUGUGUCAGACCUUCCUGUGAAGAAAAGGGUCGAGUCCAGGAGAGCUCUGUCAAAAAUCACUGAGAUCCGUUUUCCUGAUGCCCGUCUCUUCCCCCUGGACUCGGAGCAGGAUGCCACUCUCCUUCUUAGACACCUGGGCAGCCAGAGACAGAGAAAGCUUGGUUUCCGUUCCAGGCGUUCCCACCUCUUGGCUCAGAAUGUCACUUUUACGCCCAACAGCCCUGCUGAGGGCACCGGUGGUGCAUCCACUGGCCUGGGCACCCUCUGUGUCUCUGGGUACGUCCGUGGCCGUCCUCUACGGGCCGACAGACUUGUGCACAUCAGUGGACAUGGAGACUUUCAGCUCAGUCAGAUUGACGCUCCAUCAGACCCUCUGCCCCUCAACUUAACAACAGCCAGACCAGCAAAGCCCGGCAAGGGUGGAGAUGUUGACAUGCUGGAUGGUGAAGAUGAGGCCCCAGUGCGAGUGCUUAUGAAAGCAGACCCGUCCUGCAGAGAGAGUCUGCAGGCGGAGGCUGACGUGGACCCGAUGGACGGGGAGCAGACGUGGCCAACAGAAUCCGAGCUGCUGGAAGCUGAAGAGGCCAGGAAGAAAAAACGUGUGAUGAAGGUCCCUAAAGGAACAUCAGAUUAUCAGGCCACGUGGAUUGUUGAUGAAGACGAGGACGAGAGCGGAGAAAUGGAUGAAGAAAGCAGUGAUGACGACGACGACAUGUUGGACGAGGCCAUGGAGGGAGAAGAUGAGGAAGAUAACUCGCAGGAACCAGGUUCAGGUUAUGCUUCAGAGGAAGAAGAAGAGGAGGAGGAGGAAGAGGUGUGCUCCACAGAGCGAGCUGGAGCAGAUCAGCGCUACGAUGAGCACAUGGAUGAAGCUGCAGAAGAAGAAGGCCUUAAACGUUACCGCGAGGCUCGAGCCAAUGACAUGUUUCCCGACGAGGUGGACACGCCCCUCGACGCGGCCGCUAGAAUCAGGUUCCAGCGCUAUAGAGGCUUAAAAAGUUUCCGCUCCUCACCCUGGGACCCCAUGGAGAACUUGCCUCUCAACUAUUCGCGCAUCUUCCAGUUCCAGAGCUUUGAACGCACUCGCUGCCGCAUACUGGCCGAGGCUGCAGCUGAGGAAGAGGGAGCCAUGGUGGGCUGGUAUGUCACUCUGCACAUAAUUGAUGUGCCAUUUUCUGUGGUGGAGAGCGUGGAGUCAGGCAGACCUCUGACGUUGGUGUCCCUCUUGCCCCAUGAACAGAAGAUGUCAGUGAUGCACCUCCUGGUGAGGCGCCACCCCAGCAAUACAGAGCCGAUCAAAUCUAAAGAGGAGCUGGUGUUUCACUGUGGAUUUCGGAGGUUUCGGGCCUCUCCUAUCUUCUCUCAGCACACCUCAGGUGACAAGCAUAAGAUGGAGCGCUUCCUUAGGCCAGACGCCCCCACCGUGGUGUCGGUGUACGCUCCCAUCACCUUCCCCCCCGCCGGAGUCCUGCUCUUCAAGCAAAGGAGUGAUGGCAUCCAGGACCUCGUGGCUACAGGCAGUCUGCUCAGUUGUGAUCCUCAGCGCGUUGUGCUGAAGAGGAUUGUACUGAGCGGACACCCUUUCAAAAUAAACCGGCGCUCUGCCGUUGUGCGUUACAUGUUCUUUAACAGAGAUGAUAUAAUGUGGUUCAAGCCAGUGGAGCUGCGAACAAAGUGGGGUCGGAGGGGCCACAUCAAGGAGGCUUUAGGAACACAUGGUCACAUGAAGUGUGUGUUUGAUAAUCAGCUGCGCUCUCAAGACACAGUCCUGAUGAAUUUGUACAAAAGAGUGUAUCCUCGCUGGACGUAUGACCCUUAUGUGCCCUUGUCUUUACCCUGGGUGAAGAGGGAGAGCGCUGUGGAGAUGGACGACUUGGACAUGGAAUAGUGGAGGGACAACAUGACGCAGGACAUGUAUUGAAAGAUAACCUUUCCACCGGUGUGUUCACAUGACAUUUUCAAAAGGUGUCACAUCUAUUAAAUAAAACUAUUUUGAUCCAAAGUA